AUAAAUUCCAGCUUCCAGCUAACGUCAAUGUUGUAAGUGGCCAGUAUCACAAUUUCGGCGCGUGCGCAUGGUCUGGGAAGCCCGUGCUUCAGUUCCAAUUUUAAAAUGACAACAAAUCAAAUUGACGAUGAACAAAUUACAAUGCUCCGGCGAGCAUUUAGCAUGUUCGACUCAAGCAAACAGGGAAGGAUAGAGAAGGAGAAGGUACGGACCAUCCUGAACACCAUGGUGCACAGCUUCGAUGACAACGAGCUGGACCGCAUGCUGGAAGACGAGGAUGUCGAUGGUAGCGGCAAAUUAAAUUUCGAUUCGUUUGUUCGCGUCGCUACACAUUUUCUGGAUGAGGACGACGAAGCUCUUCAGAAGGAACUGAAAGAAGCCUUUAGACUUUACGACAAAGAAGGUAACGGCUAUAUCCCCACGUCGAGUCUGCGAGAGAUACUGGCAGCGCUGGACGACCAGCUGACGCCAGACCAGCUCAACGAGAUGAUCGCUGAGAUUGACACUGAUGAGUCUGGCACAGUGGACUUUGAUGAGUUCAUGGAAAUGAUGACUGGUGAUUAGAAGAAACAAUAGACCGGCGCGGAAUCUAGUCAGAAUAAACAGAUACUUAAAUCAA